AUGUCUUCAAUGACUCUCUCCCCCGUCGAUCUGGGCAAAGACGCCGAGUUCCAUGAGCUGCAGCGUCAACGAGUCCUCUGCGGCUGGGCCUACGAGACAACAGCCCUGCAGAAAUGGCAACAGAAGCAAGCCGAGGGGUUGAAACAGCUGUUCUGGAUUCUCAUCGAUGAAGAGGACAGCGAGGGCGAUUCAAAAACUACAAGAAACACGAUCAAAGCCGGCCAUGUCUCGCUCGACGCCUACACGGAUCCCCCCGACGAAGAGCUCGCACGCGCCGAUAAAAGCGUGUUGACCGUGCAGGCCUUCUUCAUCCUGGAGCAACACCGCGGGAAUAGGCUUGGGCGCCGUGUAAUGACCCUCCUGGAGGAGAUGGCACGAUCAGAGAGGUACGGCCAUCCGGCGUGUGGGACGCUGGCCCUUACGACGCUGAGCAAACGGUACAUCUACGACGAGGGGCCGGACGGGGUGGGCGUCUGGGAGAAGGUUGUGCUGGACCGGCCGGCGUUCAGCUCGCAGGAGUGGUAUGAGAGUAUGGGAUACGUUGGCUGGAAGGAGGAGCCGCGAUAUCGAACAGAGACGCUGGAGGGGGGGGAGGUUCUUCUCUCGGCGGUGUUUAUGCGCAAGGCUUUAUAG